AUGCUUGUCAUUUACCCUUUAACAAUUUUAUGGAACUUCCAAAUUAUCAUACUAGUGUUCUAUAACAAGAAUCUACAAUCUCCCAUGUACUUCUUUAUCAUCCAAGUGUCCAUAUUUGACAUUUUACUUACUACAGAUAUUGUUCCUAAUAUGUUUUACAUUAUACUAAAUGAUGGCGGCACAAUUUCUUUGCAAAGCUGCAUUGCACAAUUUUUGAUGUUUGCCAAUGCAGAGGCCACUGAGUGUCUCCUAUUGGCAGUGAUGUCUUAUGACAGGUACCUGGCCAUCUGUAACCCAUUCAAUUAUAGCACAAUAAUGAGUCCAGUUUUUUGCCAUAAAUUGGUAGUUUUGACAUGGCUGUUGAGUCUUGUGAUGACCUUUUCUGAAGCCAUUACAACAAGCAAUUUAACAUUUUGUAGAAAUAACAUCGUUGACCACUUCUUUUGUGAUUUUACUCCUUUGUUAGGGCUUGCCUGUUCGGAUGCUACCAUAGUACAUAUUCAGACAUUUUUAUUUUGUAUUGUGGUAUUAAUUUGUCCAUUUAUAACAAUAGUUGUAUCAUACAUCUAUAUUGUGUAUACCAUUGUAAGGAUCCCUUCCAUUACCGGAAGAAAGAAAGCCUUCUCUACUUGCAGUGCUCACCUCACUGUUGUGUGUCUAUUUUAUGGUGCACUGAUAUCUGUAUAUGUUGCACCAACUGAAGGACAUUCCUUCAAUAUCAAUAAAGUUUUGGCGCUCCUUUAUACUGUAAUGACUCCGUUGCUUAACCCAGUCAUUUACAGCCUGAGGAACCAAGGCUUCAAGUUAGCUUUUAGGAAGUGGAGGCACCAGUUUAACCAACAUUUUUAG